AUAAGGGUGUGAGCUCAGUCUUGUCAAACCCUAACAAUAUUUUCACUCUCUUUGAAGCCCCAACCAAUGGCUUCACGCAGACUAUUAUCCUCUCUUCUCCGGUCAUCCAGUCGCCGAUCCGUCUCCAAAUCUCCUAUCUCAAACAUCAACCCUAAGCUUUCUUCCUCAUCUCCAUCCUCUACGAGCCGCGCGUCUCCUUAUGGUUACCUCCUCACACGCGCGGCUGAGUACGCGACUUCCGCCGCCGCCGCUGCCCCACCUCAACCUCCUCCAGCGAAGCCCGAGGGUGGCAAGGGUGGUGGUAAGAUUACUGAUGAGUUCACUGGAAAGGGUGCGAUUGGGCAGGUUUGUCAGGUGAUUGGUGCCGUUGUGGAUGUGAGGUUCGAUGAGGGACUGCCUCCGAUUUUGACGUCUCUUGAGGUUUUGGACCAUUCGAUCAGGCUAGUGCUGGAGGUGGCUCAGCACAUGGGUGAGGGUAUGGUUAGGACCAUUGCCAUGGAUGGGACUGAAGGUUUGGUGAGAGGGCAGCGCGUCCUCAAUACUGGGUCUCCCAUUACAGUGCCAGUGGGUAGGGCCACCCUUGGACGUAUCAUGAAUGUCAUUGGAGAGCCAAUUGACGAGAGGGGUGAUAUCAAGACCAGCCACUUCUUGCCCAUUCACAGAGAAGCUCCAGCUUUUGUUGAUCAAGCCACUGAGCAACAGAUUCUUGUAACUGGUAUCAAGGUUGUUGAUCUUCUUGCACCAUACCAAAGGGGAGGGAAGAUUGGGCUGUUUGGUGGUGCUGGUGUAGGAAAAACUGUGCUUAUUAUGGAACUUAUAAACAAUGUUGCAAAAGCUCACGGUGGUUUUUCAGUGUUUGCUGGUGUUGGAGAGCGCACUCGUGAGGGUAAUGACCUGUACAGAGAAAUGAUUGAGAGUGGUGUCAUUAAGCUAGGGGAUAAGCAGGCUGACAGCAAAUGCGCCCUUGUAUAUGGUCAAAUGAAUGAACCCCCUGGUGCUCGUGCCCGUGUUGGUCUAACUGGGCUAACUGUGGCUGAGCACUUCCGUGAUGCUGAAGGACAAGAUGUGCUUCUCUUCAUUGACAAUAUUUUCCGCUUCACCCAGGCUAAUUCAGAGGUGUCUGCUUUGCUUGGUCGUAUCCCAUCUGCUGUCGGUUACCAACCAACUUUGGCUACUGAUCUGGGAGGUCUCCAAGAGCGUAUUACAACCACCAAGAAAGGUUCUAUCACUUCUGUCCAGGCUAUAUAUGUGCCUGCUGAUGACUUGACUGAUCCUGCACCUGCUACAACCUUUGCACACUUGGAUGCCACAACUGUGUUGUCACGACAGAUUUCUGAGCUGGGUAUCUAUCCUGCUGUUGAUCCCCUUGAUUCUACAUCUCGUAUGCUCUCUCCUCAUAUUUUGGGUGAGGAACACUACAAUACUGCUCGUGGAGUGCAAAAGGUUCUUCAGAACUACAAGAAUCUGCAAGAUAUUAUUGCCAUUUUGGGAAUGGAUGAGCUUAGUGAAGAUGACAAGUUGACAGUUGCCCGAGCACGGAAAAUCCAGAGGUUCUUGAGCCAGCCUUUCCAUGUUGCAGAAGUUUUCACAGGUGCCCCUGGCAAGUAUGUUGAGUUGAAAGAGAGCAUAACCAGCUUCCAGGGUGUGUUGGAUGGAAAAUAUGAUGACCUUCCAGAACAGUCAUUUUACAUGGUUGGAGGCAUUGAUGAGGUGAUAGCCAAGGCCGAUAAGAUUGCAAAGGAGUCAGCAUCCUAAACAGAAACGGAACUCUCUCUGCAGUCUUUUGUUCUCUUGUCCGGAAAAUUGCAGAAAUCAAAAAUAAUCUAGGUGAUGCUGGCAACAGGAUAUUAUUGAUUUUUUUGAGGUGAAAUGUGUUGGAUUAUGAAUUCCCGUUUUGAUGUGUUAUUGCAGAGUGUGAUAAUAUAGAACAGGGGACUGCCCUGCCUGCCAAGCCCCUCUUUUUUCUUUUUAUUUAUUUAAUAAGGGGAAAAAGAAAGGCGGGCAUGUAUAUUUUUCCUUUUCUAUUUUUUUAACCUGAGAACAUGAAACGUGACCAUUUUCACUUGGAA